AUGUUAUUUGAUCGUUUCAAAUAUUAUCAUCAAUUUGAACAAUUAAUGGAUCCAAAAAAUCGUAAAUGGUGGUUAUUUGAAUUGAUGUUGAUCACCAUUCAAAUCGGACGUUUUUUAUUCUAUGUUAUUCUUAGUUUUAUGGAUGAAUCCGUUUUACGAUCAUAUUGUUCAUAUGAUACAACCGCUGCACCAUUAUUUGAUUAUUUUACUCAUUUAAAUGAUGGAACAUCAUUGAAUCUUAAUGAUUGCCGUCUUACAUCACUUAUCAUAUUAAUUUUUUUCAUUUUUGUUCUAUAUAGUGACUUUAAAAUUUUUGUUACCGAUCAUGAAUUAACACUUGCAUGGAGAUUAUUAUAUGAUUUGUCUAAUCGUAAUUAUGAUUACUAUCGUGCUUCAAUUGUUAAUGAACAAAAUAUGAAUAUAACCAAAAUGGUAAUUAAAGCGUUAAGCAAUAGCAAUGAAUUCGAUGAACAUAUGCCGAAUUCAUCAACUAGAAUAAUAAAUGAUCGCUUAGCAAAAAUGUUGAAAAAAAAUCGUAAAACUUUCAUUGAUAAAUGUUUCAUACAGCUAAUGUUGAAUAUAAAUCUUUAUGAAUUUAAAAAAUUACGUUUGAAAAUAUUCCCCUAUGCCGGUUUAAAGCAACGAAUCGCACUGGCAAUGACAAUGAUUAUUUUACAUUAUAUGGAUGUAUUUUGGUUUAUAUUGGUUAUAUCUACUUCAGUAAAUUUUGGUUGUCUAAAAUAUUUUAAUUUUAUCCGUAUUCAUAUGAUGAAUUUAUGGCCAUUUGCUAUAAUCGAUUGUAUUAAUCAUCUUUAUUGUAGCUACAUUGUCAUCAGAAAUUCUGUUCUUUAUUUUAAUUUUUCUUCAAUAAAUCUCAUUUUCUAUGUUUUACAGAUGAAUAGCUUAAAUAGAAAGCUUAAAAAAGUUUUUGGCAAUCACAGACAUAUAAUGAAUUCUCGAUUGAAUUAUUUACGUCAGUUAGUUUGGCGACAAUUUCAACGACAACAUCAACAUAUUACACAUUGUAUAAUGUAUGGUGGUAUGGAAAUUUGGAAUGGUGUAUUGUUUAUGGGCAUAAUGGCUAAUAUUCCAUUGAAUAUAAUGUGUAUCUAUAAUAUUGUAUUCAAAUUUAAUUCAUUAAAUAAUGAAUUUAUGUAUUUAGGAUUUAUAAUAUUCCAAACUUUUAUCUUAUCCACUGUUAUUAUAAUUUUAUCGGAAAUAAAUUUUUCAGCUCAUCAAUUUAAACGACAAUUACCAAUUAUACAAUCAUGUAUGAAAAAGCCGACGAUUAAAUGGCAGGUAAAUGAAUUUUAUGAACGUUUAACAACCUCCGGCAAAGGUUUUGGAUUUUAUUGCGGUCGCAUUGCUAUUAUUAAUUAUCAUAAUUCAUUUCAGCUUUUAAUGUCAUAUUUUGGUCUAAUGAUGAUAAUAUAUAAAUUCUCUUUCAAUGAUAAAUCAUGA